CGCUGCUGCCCUCCCUCCAUUAGAGGCACCGGAGGGGGAAGUGGUCAGACGCUCUGGCUACGGGCAGACAGCGUUGAGAGGGCGAAGGAAGCCGGCUUGGCGAGAGGGCGAGAGAGAGGCACGCAGAGUACAUGUUACUAUGGCAAUGACUGCAGGGACUCCAACAUCUUUUCCCAUGAGCAACCACACCCGGGAGAGAGUGACAGUGGCCAAGCUCACACUGGAAAACUUCUACAGUAACCUAAUUUUACAGCAUGAGGAAAGAGAAACCAGGCAGAAGAAACUAGAAGUAGCCAUGGAAGAGGAAGGUUUAGCAGACGAAGAGAAAAAGCUAAGAAGAUCUCAGCAUGCCCGCAAAGAAACUGAAUUUUUACGUCUGAAGAGAACGAGGUUAGGCCUGGAUGACUUUGAAUCUUUGAAAGUUAUCGGAAGAGGCGCAUUUGGAGAGGUACGCCUUGUUCAAAAGAAAGAUACGGGUCAUAUUUAUGCAAUGAAGAUACUAAGGAAAGCUGAUAUGCUAGAGAAAGAACAGGUGGCUCAUAUACGAGCAGAAAGAGAUAUCCUGGUUGAAGCAGAUGGUGCCUGGGUGGUGAAGAUGUUUUAUAGUUUUCAGGACAAACAUAAUCUUUACCUGAUCAUGGAGUUUCUACCUGGAGGUGAUAUGAUGACCUUACUUAUGAAGAAGGACACCUUAUCAGAGGAGGAAACACAGUUUUAUAUAUCUGAAACUGUGCUGGCCAUUGAUGCCAUUCACCAGCUGGGUUUCAUUCACAGAGAUAUUAAGCCAGAUAAUCUACUGCUGGAUGCAAAGGGCCAUGUAAAACUCUCUGAUUUUGGACUAUGCACAGGUUUAAAGAAAGCUCACCGAACUGAAUUCUACAGAAACCUUACACACAAUCCACCGAGUGAUUUCUCAUUUCAGAAUAUGAACUCUAAGAGAAAAGCAGAAACAUGGAAAAAAAAUAGGCGACAGCUGGCGUACUCUACUGUUGGGACCCCAGAUUAUAUUGCUCCUGAAGUUUUCAUGCAAACGGGUUACAACAAAUUAUGUGACUGGUGGUCUUUGGGAGUGAUUAUGUAUGAAAUGCUAAUAGGUUAUCCACCUUUCUGCUCUGAAACACCACAGGAAACAUAUAGGAAAGUUAUGAAUUGGAAAGAGACACUAGUAUUUCCACCUGAGGUGCCCAUUUCAGAAAAAGCUAAGGACUUAAUUCUAAAAUUCUGCAUUGAUGCAGAGAACAGAAUUGGUAGCAAUGGUGUGGAGGAAAUUAAGAGUCAUCCAUUUUUUGAAGGUGUUGACUGGGGACAUAUCAGAGAGAGGCCAGCUGCAAUCACUAUAGAAAUCAAAAGUAUUGAUGACACUUCUAAUUUCGAUGAAUUCCCAGAAUCGGAUAUUUUACAGCCAGUGCCAAACACCACAGAACCUGACUACAAGUCCAAAGACUGGGUUUUCCUUAAUUACACCUACAAGAGGUUUGAAGGGCUCACUCAGCGUGGAUCUAUCCCUUCUUACAUGAAAGCAGGAAAGUUGUGAAACACAGCAGAAAUAAGACAUAAAUAAGAACUCAGGUAGUUGCUGCAUCACCAAGACCCGCUUGGCAUAGAUCUCAAUACACUGAAAUGGUCACGGACACAGACUGGUGCACACUGACUUCACCGAGAUACUAGGAAAUUCUACCGGAUUAGGAUUUCUAAGACUACUACAAGAAUUAGUUGGCAGUGCCAGCUGGCUUUUUUUUUCUUUUUCUUUUUUUUAAUAGUGAAUAUUUUUGUUAACUUUAUUAUAACAAAGGUACUGGAAUAAUAAAAAAGGAAUGGACAUCUUCUUUGUAUCUGCACUGCCUCUAUGUCUGUAUAAAGGUCAAUGAUGCCUCUGUUUGUACUGUAAUGUGUCUAAUUUGCCCAGAGGUUAAAAACAUAUCACGUAUGUAAGAAGCAGCAUUGUCUGUUUCUCAGUAUUGUUGCCCCAUCAUGUGUUAAUCUGGGCAGGGGGUUUAGAUACACAGUAUGAAAACUAGAAGCUGCUUUUUGUAAUGGUCCCCACAGAUGAAUCAUGGUAACAUAAGAAAAUGUCAUGGAUUUUCUUAGAAACAAAAAAACUCAUGCUGGUCCAGACUAGCUAUUUUUCAAAGGUUAUUCUCUGCUCUGAAUGGUUUAUGUUCUAGCUCAGGGGUCCUGGGUGUAAUAACUAAAAAGAUGUACUUUGGAUUGCAAUUGGUAGUCUAAACGGUGUAGAACUGGGACCUGUGCCACAGUGUAUUUAGCAUAAUAAACCUCUGCUAAGAGAGUUGCAAUUCUUUUUUUCAGGGGAAAUAAUGGCACUGUUGUCAAAUCAAAAAUAUUAAACUUCAGCUUCCAGUUUGAUAGCUGAGAACUUUUAGAGGAAAAAAUAGGGACAGUGAUAGACGAAUCAGCAGAAAAAAAUGCUUUUGAAAACCAAUCAACAAAUCUCUUAUUUGUUUAUUUUUUCCCCUGCUCCUGAAUUAAUUUUCCUGUGAAGGUUUGUACCAUUUUAUUGUCCUCUGAGUACCAAAGAUCCUGAAAUGGCUUGAUUGCAAAUUAUGCAGUUCUGUUUUCAAGAAAUUUAUGUGGUUAGCUUCUUUUCUAAAUGGGGUAUUAAGUGGGAUGAAAGUGUCACUUGUGUGUUCUGAAACUGUUGUGUUAAUUCUUCUGGACUAAAAAACUGGAGGUGAUUACCAACUAAUUUGAGGUGAGGGUUGGGUUGAUUAAUCUUCAGAUUAGGGGUAUGUUUUAUAUCACCAUGGAUUAGAACUGAACUACAAAAUUGGAAGUAUGCAGUACCAUUUUCCUGGAAAAUGUACUACUUCAGAAGGCAGGGUGAUGGGCAAACUAAGUUAAAGGGAAAAGAAUGGGGGGAGCAACAUAUUUUCUCCCUGGCAUGCAAGCUUUCUACAGGCAAAGAAGCUUCCAUGCCCAAUCCUUCAUCUGCCUUUUGAAUUCAUACAAUCCCAGGAAAACUGUACCGGAAAAUAAAUCAAGUUUUAUAUAUGGAAAUGAUCCAGAAUCGACCAAUGUUGCCAGCAUUCAGAAUCUGUUAAUAAGGUUAGAGCAAUUGCACUGCUAAUCUUGUUUUGCUAGAGGCUUAAGAUAAUUUCUUGCUUUUAUAGGUUGGUUAUUGAAAACUACACUCACUGGAUACAAUAUGAGAGGAAAUACUGUGGUGUUAAUUGAGGAUAGAUUGUGGAAAUUUACAUGUCCUUCUAGAUCCAUGGCUAAAGUCACAGUUUUAUUAUGGUUUGUAAGGUAGCUGGCCUAGAGUGCUGGCGUAUCUGUUAGAGCCUUGAUCAGAAACUAGUUUUGCUGGAAGGCUGCUCUGAGAGGGGGCACAGGAGAUGGUGUGCUUGGACACCACCCCCAUUCCUCAAAAGGGGCUGCUGGUGUCUCCCUGUAGCUGCCACUCCUUCCAUGCACCACUCUUGCUUCUGAAUUGGCAGCUGGUACUGGAAAGUGUUCUUUUGGGGUAGGACAUUCUGUGUGCUUAUCUUAUGGAACACUUAAAGACUACUUGUGGCUGUUUCUUGUUGUGCUUUUACAAGACUAAUAUCCACAACAGUCUGAAGCUUCUUAAAGGAUACAGAAAACAUUGUGAUGGGUUUCUAAUUUUGGUCUUCGAUUUAUUUUGCCCUUUAACAAAUGUACACCACUCUUCCCCAGUAAAUAGUGCUUCAAAAGUACUCUAUAUUUUCUGAACAUUUAAGCAGACUGUACUUUGACCUUGUUUAAUGUUGAUUACAUUUCAAAAGUUAACUUUAAAAAAUGAAUGGCAACUGUCUUUUUUUAUUAGACAAAUGCAUUAGUUGAGGUUUGGGAAAAGUUACAAUAGAAAGCAUUAUAAAAAUUUAUAUAAGGCUUUUUACAGCAUAUUAAAUAAACAUGGCAUUCUUUUGUAAA